AUGAAUAGGGGCCACCACUAUAAUCACACACUCAAACAGUGGGGUGAAGCGGGUCAACAGAUGGAGGGCUUCCGGAUCAAGAAGACGCAAGAAUUGCUCUGCGUUCUGGCUGAGCGCCUUCGCGUGACAAUAGAAAGGAUGUCCUCGGUAUGCUCCGAUCUGGAGGCCACGGCAGCUCGUAUCGAUGCCGAACAAGAUUCUCGAGCGAUAAUUGAACGACUUCGAACUGGUAACCUACCUCCUGAAGAUGAACCUUUUGAGGAUCUCGUCAUUGAUGAUCCUCCCGUAGUCAACCUGGAAUCCUACGGAGAGUCCAUGCGGAAGCAGAUGUCCAUUAAUAGUCUGCCUACUGCUGUUGUCAAUACUGAUGAUCCUGAGGCUGCUGUCAACGGCAACUCACCGCUGGACACUGUUCUGCCCGCCAACGAUGUCAGUUCCAGUCGCAAUAAGUAUGGAACCCGAGGCCGUCGCAUGAGCUCCAGCUCAACAGCGCCCAUUUCAGGCCCUGCGGCCCGUCGCCUCAGUACAAGCAGCGUGGCUGCGGGCCAGUUGAACGCAAAUGGACAAUCCAUAAUGCGAAAGCUUUUCUCGAGAAGGAGCAAGGUGCCUGCUUCGUCGUAA